ACAACUCCCGCGCUGCGGCAACAGAUUGUCUUCUUUCAGAUCUACUGAAGCUCCCUUGAAUUUGAUAGCCAAAAAAACCUGAAUUCUUCGAUCCAGAUAAGCUAUUGGCCUCAAACUUUUCGGCCAUGGCAAACCAUUUAGAUCGAGACGUAGGUUCACCGGUCACGUUCAUCGUUUCUGUGGGCGCCAUUCAAAUUCUGGGUAUUUUGGCGAUGAUCUUGACGGGCAUAUGGAUGGGAAAAUAUCUAGGUGGAUUCGCUUGGGACGGCUCAGGACUUGAGUUUAACUACCAUCCUCUCUGUAUGGUGAUCAGUAUGGUAUUUCUGUACAGCGAAGCUAUGAUUGUGUACAGAGUGUUCCGACAUGAGAACAAGUUCCUUGUCAAGUUGGUUCACUUUGGUCUUCAGCUAGUGGCAUUUGCAAUCGCAGUUUGGGGAUUAAAAGCAGUGUUUGAUUUCCAUAACCACAAUAACAUUCCAAACCUGUACAGUCUGCAUAGCUGGUGUGGUCUGACUACAGUUAUUCUCUUUGGCUUACAGGUAAGUCAGCAUUGUUAAAGUGAUACUAUCACAGUGAUUUUGAUGCAUUUUUGGUUUGAGGUAAAGUCUGCAUACA